GCCUUUUCCGCCCCCACCUCGCCCUCUCUCUCUCUGUCUCUCUCUCUCUCUCGCCCUCUCUCUCUCUCCGUAUUAUAUAAAACAAGAAGUUGGAGAAGGAUUUUGUCAAGAUGAUGAUAUGAUCUUCCUGGAUCAUUGAGGUGCCAAUCUUCCCAUCUUUAGUUACCCAUGAAAAGCGCCAGCCUGCCUUUUCGAAGCUUCAGAUUUUCUGAAUAUGGCUGAAUGUUUCGUCUGUUCCUUCUCUCCAUCCUCCAGCUGCAGGACUAGAUUUGCAUGAAAACUAAAGACAAGAUGCUUACUGUGGGAGAUUUAAACUUGAAUACGAUGCAAGGAUAUGCAAUUACAAAUUCUCUCAAAGAGGUUUUAAAGCAGAAAAUGCUCAGCCAAGAAGUUAUAUUCAGAAACCAGGUCCAUGAACUUCACCGCCUGUACAGGAUUCAGAAAAGCUUGAUGGAUGAUGCUGAAUGUAAAGAGCUUGAUGGAUGGACUUUGUCUAGUGGAAGCAAAUAUUCAACUUUGGGUCCAUUCACAAACCCAAUACGGUUCUCACUUAUUCCAAAGGGGAAAAUAUUUCCCAGUAUUCCAAUGUUAACAUGCCAUUCAGGUGGGCUCUACAGUGUGUGUAAACAAGGAUUUUCAACGAGAGGACAAUGACUACUUUCCACUUCAACGGAUGUCUUUUGAUCUUCAGCUGCCUGCUGCUCGGCUUGUUGAUCAUGUUGAUAAUGACCAUUUGGAGAAAAGUAAUGGUUGGAAUUUAAAAGAAUCCAUACAAUUGAAGGAUUGUUUUCAUGAUGGUAAUGUUUAUUCUCCAGAGGAGGUGAAGCUUACACUGGGCAUUGUAGACAACCCUAGGAUGGGUAGUGGCAAGAGAACUUGGUAUGACAAAGCUGCUUAUUCUUCCUCCCAUCAUGUUAUUGACUUGGAGGAACCAACUGAUAUAGCAACAAAUGAGGAUGCCAAAUCUGUAUCUACUCUUAGCUCUUCUACUGUGAUCAUGGGAGACAAGCAUGAUGCACGAGAACCUUUCCAGUCUAUUCACGUGUCUAAAAGUAAUGUUGAGAAAGAGUUAUCUCAUGGGCCAACAGUGAGAGACUCUCUUAUGGUUGGAAGUUACAGUUGUGAGGAGCAGAACUCCAAGAAACAAGGAAUUAAAGAACGGUAUAAUGAUAUUGAAUCAAACUUCUUUUUCACUGAAGGGAAACCAUUUACUUCUUGUGAAGCAAUUGGAUUGGAUCUUAACAGCGUUCCGCUUGAUGACUCAUUUUACCUCAGUGAUCCAGUAGUUGCCUCUCUUUCAAAGGCUUCCUCGUCGGGUCCUUCUAAUGAACUAAUGGGCAAGAUUUAUGAGGGAACUUGUCCUAGUGCAGCUAGUUGGAAAAAACCAAAUGGUGAUUGCUUCAAAGAGGUUUCCACUUUAAUGGAUCCCCUUAGUGACAGCAACAGUUCAAAAACAUGGGCUAGUUGUACGACAUUUAAAGGACAAAGUCAAAAUCAAGCUUCACCAACUGAUCUUGAGACAGAGUCGGUGCACCUGUCAUGCAUUUCUGAAGAUCUUAACAGUGACCAUAGGGAACCUGGCAAUAGAAAUGUAGACUUCCCAACAGAAUCUCUCAAGGGAAAUUAUGCAGAUGUUGAUAUAAUAGAAGUAAGUGCAUGUAGAGAUGGAAAUAUAGUAGAAGGUGAAAAUAGUAACAAAUCUACUAUCUCAUGCAAGUUUGAUUGCAAUGAUGAUGAUAGUUCAAGUGGCACAAAAACCAUGCAAUCUGGAACAGACUUGGGAGGAUCAACUAUUUCUCCUUGUACUCAGCUCCAAAAAUCUGACUUGUACAAAGUUGCUGAAAAUGAAUCAAGUCAGCACGAGUCCAGAUCUUUUGACAGCAGUGCACUGAAACAUCAAUGCUACAACAAGAAGGAAGAGCAAUCAUCAGGAGGGGAUGCUCUGAUCCAAAGAGCAGCUGAAUUGCUUAUUCAUUUUUCCUUGGGAAGUUCAACUAAUGAUCAAGAUUGUUGCACCAAGGCAGCAUCAAAUGGGAUAAAAAAAGAGGGGAGGGAUCAGCCUCAAUAUUCUCUAGAUUCUUAUGAAUCAAUAGUGCUGAAGCUAAAAGAGAGUGUCGUGGAUGAUGAUUGUGUGUCAUCAAAACCAGUAGAAGUAAAUGAACCGGAUAAAAAGGGAAUUGGAGUUCAGAUGAGAAGGGGAAGGAGACUUAAAGAUUUUCAGAGAGAUAUACUACCAGGUCUUGCUUCUCUUUCUGCGCAAGAGAUUCAGGAAGAUGUGAACAUUAUGGUAGCAGUGAUCAGGUCAAGAGAAUACAAAAGAAUGAGAUCCAAGACAGCAGAGAACUGUUUUGCACCUGUCAAAAGCAGGAGGUCAAGGCUCAAUUAUGUAGGACGACGAUAUUGUUCAUGACAAUUUUUUGCAAGUUAGCAGAGCCAUAAUAGUUGAAAGCAAAAUCAUUCUAGAGCACACACCACAAUAUGGGAAAUGAAUUCCAACUUACUGCAUUUCCUGUAAUUUCUGAAUCAGAGUUUAUCCAAUUAUUUUACAGCAUCAAAUUAUUCACCUUCCAGAGAAGAAAUUUUGACUUCUUAGGAAGCCUUGGUCCAUUGCUGAACAUUGAAUGCAUUGAAGAUGGGUACGGCAUAGUGGAAAAUAUGAAUGGUUCAUAGCCUGCUUUCUAUCAGAGAGCCUAAAGUAGGAGAAGUGCAUUUACCCUCUCCUUCUCUUUGUCUCCAGGCACCUGAAUUUGCAGAAUUUGUUACAUUGUUGUCAUUCCCCAUUAGGUAAAGUGGCUACUGCUCUAAUUACCCUUCUUUUUCUUCUUCAUUUAGAAAUGAAGACUGCAAUUGACAUGAAAAUUUUUAUCUGCCUGACCUUCUUAUCAAACUCGUUGCUUGGGAAUACUUUUUGUUAUGUUUCUAGUUUAAUUGAUUCUUGUAGGGUUCUAUUUUUGAAUAUAUUUUAGACCUUUUGGGGACGUGGCUUGUUGGAAGAGCGUGUAUAUAUAUUAUAUAUACAUAAAUGUGAUUACACCUUAACCUACUUGGAGUUUGCCUGCGUACCCCCAUUCCAUGGA